UGUGGGCGGAGGCGAUGGGCAAACUGCACCUCUGGUCCCUUCUGGCCUGGCUCCCUUCUCCAGAAUGGUAAAAAUGAGGAAGUCAGGGGGGCUCCAGACGAGCGGAAAGGGAGUAGAUACACCCCGGAGGAGGAGAGCAGAGCUGCCCUGUACCCACCCCCCACCACACGCAAUCUCUGCCUGAGUCCCGGCUCCAAUCCCUUCUGCACUUCACCGCCUGAAGACGGGGACACGUGAGAUCCCAGCUGACAGCCUGCUGGGUUCUGGUCACAGGUGACUCCUCCCUCACUGUCCCCACCUCCGCUCUCCAGGAUUUCGUGUUUUUCCAGCUUUGGUCAUUACUGCACAAGGAACCCCAAAAUUGCAGCCUUCGGACAUUCUGCAGCUCGACCUGCCCCCCACCCAACACCGGUCCUGACCCCACUUCCAACCCCACCUGUACACUCAUCCCCAAGCCUCUCUCCACCCUGGGCUCAUCCUCAACACGAGCCUCGUCUCUCCCUUUGACUCCGGUCCCGACCUCGGCUCCAAGGAGUCCUAGCCUCCCCCUUGGGCCCCGCUCCGGCCUCCGCCUGGCAGCUGGCCCUGCCCGCCUUUCAGCUCCGACGGCCCCAGUCUCGGUCCAAGCAUGUCAAUGCAGUAUGAAAAAUUCCAGCACUUGGAGAGUGAGAAGGAAAGCCAGCGGUCUAGAAAUGGGCUGCCUCCUCCUCUGUCCUUCCUGCACUGGCUGUGCUCCGGCUCCCGGCCUCUCCUGUUCUCCCUGGGCCUCAGCCUCCUCCUGCUGGUCGGCAUCUGUGUGAUCGGCUCCCAGAAUUCCAAGUGUGGGAGGGACCUGGCGACCCUGAGAGCAACUUUCAGCAACUUCACUGCAAACACUGGGGCGGAGGUCCAGGCACUGAAAUCCCAGGGUGGCCAUUUGCAAGAAGUGAUAACAUCUCUGAAAGCCGAGGUGGAAAAUCACAAGCAGGGGUUGCAGGCAGCCCGUAGCUUGAACGACAAGGUGUUUUCCCUGGAGAGCAAGCUGGAGCAGGAGCAGAAGGAGCUCAAAGCAGGUCAUUCCGAUACCCUCCUUCGGGUGCAGCAGUUGGCCAGAGACCUGAGAUCCCUGACGUGCCAGAUGGCCGCUCUCAAGAACAACGGCUCUCAAAAUACCUGCUGCCCCCCUAACUGGCUGGAGUACGGGGGCAGCUGCUACUGGUUCUCCGGCUCCGGGAAGACCUGGGAGGACGCGGACAGGUACUGCCAGCUGGAGAGCGCGCACCUGGUGGUCAUCAACUCCAGAGAGGAGCAGACUUUUGUGCAGGGCCAUAUCGGCUCAUACACCUGGAUGGGCCUCAGUGACCCUGAAGGAGUCUGGAAAUGGGUGGACGGGUCGCAAUACGAGACCAACUUCAAGAACUGGAAGCCAGGCCAGCCGGACGACUGGCACGGGCACGGGCUGGGCGGGGGCGAGGACUGCGCGCACUUCCUCCCCGACGGCAAGUGGAACGACGAUGCCUGCCAGAGGGCCUACCGCUGGGUGUGCGAGGCCGGCCUGGGCACCGCCGGCUAGCGCGGCGGCAGGUGCUUCCCGCAGAACCGCUCAGCCGCCCACCGGCGGGGAGCGGGAGGGGACCUUCCCGUGAGACCCCUCACGAGACCCUGGGGAGAGGAAUGAGCCCACGGACGUCGGGGCGCUGCCACCAUUUUGAAUGUUUUUCU